AUGGAUAAUAAUUUAGGGAAGAAAGAGGCAGAGAAGAAAGUGAUGACGGUGUGGAGAAAUUUUCAGAGGUGGAACCCGCGCAACAAGGUGGCGCUGCAGCCGGGCCACUCGCUGAUGGACUGGAUCCGGCUGGGCGCGUCGGGGCGCGUGGACCUGACGGGCGUGGGCGGGCGGCCGCGCGACGUCUCCCCGGAGCAGCUGGCGCAGCACGCCUCGCGCGCCGACUGCUGGCUCGCGCUGCGCGGCCGCGUGUACAACGUGACGCACUACAUGGACUUCCACCCGGGCGGCGCGGAGGAGCUGCUGCGCGGGGCGGGGCGCGACGCCACCGACCUUUUCAACCAGGUGCACGCCUGGGUCAACUACGAGUCCAUCCUGCAGAAGUGCGUGGUGGGGCGGCUGCGCCGGGACAGCCAGGGCGCCAGCGACGAGCUGCGCGCCGCGCUGGCCAACAGCCGGGCGUCGCUGGGGCGAAUGCUGCCCCCGCUCGCGCCCCCCGCGCCAGACAAAGCGGCGGCGGCGGCGGCGGCGGACAAGGAGGAGGAGGAGGAGAGGAAGCAGAAAGAGGCGGUGCCCGCCGCCGCGACGCAGGCCGUCGCCGAGGUGGGCGCGCCCAGGAUGGACUGGUUCCAGCAGGUGAGCAGCAGGUUCUUCUCCGCGUGUCCUUCU